CCCCUGCCUCUAACCCUUAGGGCACUGCCUCAAGCCAGUCUCCUGAAACGGUCCUGCAAACCACAGCGGAGGUGAAGAACAGGGCCCUCAGACGUUGGAUUGUGUCUGCUGAAAAGCUCAUGAGUGACAGGCUAGGUCGAAGCUGAUUGGACAAUGUCAGAGAAGCUACUGGAAGACCUUUUUAUAAAACGCUCCCAGCAGAAGAAGAAGACCUCUCCUCUGAACUACAAGGAGAGGUUGUUCAUUCUGACACAAGAGAAGAUAUCUUACUACGACUAUGAUAUUGAGAAAGGGAAAAAGAAGGGUCUGAAAGGGUCCGUGGAGAUCGAGAAGAUCAAGUGCGUGGAGACCGUGUGCCCAGAGGAGAACGCCCCCGCCGAGCGGCAGUUCCCGUUCCAGAUUGUCUAUGAUGACGGACCACUCUACAUUUUUGCGAAGACAGAUGAGAUUCGAAGAGAGUGGAUCCAUAAAAUGAAGCAAGUUGUGCGAUUCAACAAGGACCUAUUGCAGAAAUAUCACCCCUGCUUCUGGGUGGACGGGGUGUGGCUGUGCUGCCAACAGGAAGUCAAGCAGGCUCUGGGCUGCAGAGUGCUGGAGACCAAGAAUGGAGGAUUCUCUACAAAGGGAUCGCGACGUAAAUCCAGAAAACCGCUUCCUCCUACACCAGAGGAGGAGAAGUCCUCCAGGCCACUCCCCCCACAACCUCCGCCCCGACAAUCUGGCCCCGCCCCUGGAGCAACGGUGAUUGCUGAAUACGAGUACACCCCAGUGACUGAGCAGGACCUGGAGUUGCGCAAGGGCGAGGAGUACACCAUCCUCGAAAUGGUGGACACGAACUGGUGGAGAGCCAGGGACAAAUUCGGGAAUGAGGGCUACAUUCCAAGUAAUUAUGUCAUUGAGGCUGGAAAUGGUCUAGAGAGGUUUGACUGGUACUGCAAGAACAUGAAUCGCAGCCAGGCAGAGAAUCUGCUGAAAGCAGAAAACAAAGAUGGUGGAUUUUUGGUACGAGAUUCAAGCAAAGCUGGAAAAUAUACAGUUUCCUUAUUCACCAAGAGUGGAGGGGAUACAGCAGGCAGCUGCAGGCACUACAACAUCUGCACUUCCCCACAGGGCCUGUUCUACUUGGCAGAGAAACACAACUUUGCAACUAUCCCAGAGCUCAUAACCUACCACCAGCACAAUGCUGCAGGUAUGGUUUGCAGGCUGAAGUACAUUGUCUCAAAUCGGGCCAGGAACGCACCUUCCACAGCUGGCCUUGGAUAUGGUGUCUGGGAGAUUGAUCCACGUCACCUGACCUUCAUCAAGGAGUUAGGUGAUGGGCAGUUUGGAGUCGUGAAGUAUGGGAAAUGGCAGGGACAGCAUGAUGUGGCCAUCAAAAUGAUAAAAGAAGGGUCCAUGUCAGAGGACGACUUCAUUGAAGAAGCCAAAGUUAUGAUGAAGCUCCGCCACGAGAAUCUGGUUCAGCUGUAUGGAGUCUGUACCAAACAAAGGCCCAUCUACAUUGUCACAGAGUUCCUUUCUAAUGGCUGCCUGCUUACCUACCUCCGUGAAUCCCUCAACCACCCAUCCCCCAUUCUGCUCCUGGAGAUGUGCAAGGAUGUAAGCGAGGGCAUGGCUUACUUAGAGUCCCAGCAGUACAUCCAUAGAGAUCUGGCUGCCAGAAAUUGCUUAGUGGAUGCAAAUGGAACUGUGAAAGUCACUGACUUUGGAUUAUCAAGGUAUGUCCUAGAUGAUGAGUAUACCAGCUCUGUAGGCUCCAAGUUCCCUGUGCGUUGGUCCCCUCCUGAAGUCCUCCUCUACUGCAAGUUCAGUAGCAAGUCUGACAUCUGGGCGUUCGGAGUCCUGAUGUGGGAGGUCUACACCCUUGGCAGAAUGCCCUAUGAGCGUCUAAAUAACACAGAGAUCGUGGAGAAAGUUUCUGGUGGCCUGCGCCUCUACCGACCCCAGCUGGCCAAUGAGCGUAUUUAUAGCAUCAUGACAGCCUGUUGGCAUGAGAAAGCUGAGGAGCGACCAACAUUUCAGGACCUUGUAGGUAUAAUUCAAGACCUACUCUACGAGCUUCAGUAGGGGAAAGACAAGACAGGUUCCCAGAUGCAUUGACUUCCUGGAAAGCUUCCUGGAAUGGCUCCUCCCAUUUGUGACAUCAAGGAGAUGAGUCACAGUCCUCCAUAAACCUGUUAAUUUGGCACAGCCAAUGCUGUUCACAUAUCCAGGCAUCAAUAAUGAAGACAUGGUGACCUAAGCGAUUGUGUUGUAAGUGCAUUCGAGCCAUGGAUCUUGAAAGAAACCCAACAAUGUGAAUGCAAGUGUGUGUGUAAAAUUACCGAGCGUGGAAAUGAUCACUUCUUUGUGUCACUGCGGAUUUAAAGGACAAAUGGCUAUACCAACGGACAAUUUUUUUAAAUGUUUUAUUUCAUGUGCAUUGUUAUUAUUGGAAAAUGAUAAGCACUUUUCAUGAGCACCAACUGUGAUGAUGCAACAGGUAAAAUAAAAACAGUUCAAUGGUGAUACGCCAAUUUUAUGAGUGUUUUGCUGAACCGAAUGACUUGCCUUAACUUUUAAUGCAUUUCCCUAUUUUACAUUGUUCUUUACUUCUGCCUCCUAAAAUAAAAUUAGCUGUGCACCCAGACUUAAGGAGUGGAAACAGCAUCUUUGACAUUAUGGAUAAAUUAUUCAUAUGUUCCAUUAGCUUUUUUUUUAAUUACUGA